AUGAGGAAAAAUACUUUGUCAUUUCUUUUGAUUUUAUUUUAUACAGUUCCUUUUCAAAUAGUAGAAAAUGCUGAGCACCUAUCCAUGGACGAAAUAAAAAAUGUGAUGAAAAAUUAUAUUUUGAAUGAUUCUACAAUAUUUUCACAUUUCUCCUUUUUAUAUUUAUAUAAUAUAUUAAGGUGCACAUUAACUCAAAACGUUUUUGAUUCUUACCCCGAUAAAAAUUAUGAAAAAGAAAUAUUGAUAGUAAAAGAAAAAUUGCUAUAUUUAAAUCAAAAUCCACAAAACACAAGCCAAUGGGAUUUUGUUGAUUUUAAUCUUCCACAACUUUUAUUGUCAUCAAUUGAGGAAAUAGAAAAAAACAUGAAAACCCAAGGAAUAAAUUUUAUAGAAAUGUAUAAUAAAUUAAAAACGCUUAACCUCAAGUUUAGAAAUAUUUCAAGUUUAACUUUGGAAGUUUGUUAUGAUUCAAUCUUUUUCAUUGAAGAAUUUAGUAUGCAAUUGACAAUACUUCCUUUUAUUUUGGACAAAUUAGAUAUAUCAGACCAAAAAUACAGAGACGAAGUAAAGUAUAUGCUAAAAAAAUCUUUUAAAUACUUCUCAUUUUUUAUUUCAAUAAUAAACGAAUAUAAUAGUAAAAUAGUAGACAUAUAUAAAAAAGAGAUUAAUGUGUUUAUAAAAGUAAAAGAAAAUUUUAAUAUUAACUCUUUGAAUGAAAAUAAUUUACUAUCUUUGUAUGAUGAGAUAUAUUUAAAAAACAAAUAUGGAGAAAAACUUAUACACAAUUUAUUUGUUUUAUUUAAAAAAAUAUCUUUUUUAGAAUCUGGUAAUGAUAUAUAUUAUUUUAAUUAUAUUGAUAUAGUACCCAUAUAUAUAAAAACAAUAAAAGGAUUAUAUAAAUCAAGAAAAUAUAAUAUGGAAAAAAAUUAUUACACCAAGAUAGAGAAUAAAUAUAAAAAUAAUCUUAAAAUUAACGAAGGAAUAAUAAUGAUUAAAAUUGUUAAACAAUAUAUAAUUGAUGAAUAUACAAAUAAUCCUACAUAUUUUGAUUCAAAUAAUAUAUAUAAAACUAUUAUGCAGGAAAUAUAUAAACCUAUAAUAAACGAUACAGAUACACGAUUUCGGUUGCUUUACUCAGAAAAUGUUGAUAAAACAAAAGAAAAAAGAUUCAUAAAUGAUGAUGUAGCAUUAAGUCUUAUUAUAUUGACUAAUACUAACAUAAAUAUAAAAAUUCUUUUAGAUCAUAUGAAUGAUAUGGUUCUAUCAGGAGAUAUGUUUUCAAUUAAUAAAGGACCAGAUAAAGAAAGAAUAAAAGUAAUGGGAACUUGUGCAUAUACAAAUAACUUACAACCACCUAUUUUUACUGGUUUUUUUUCUAGGGGGCUUAGUACAUAUAUCCUUAAUAAAGUUAUAUCAUUGCUCAAACCAAAUAAGCAAUUAAUAUAUUUAUCUAUUGAAAAAACUGAAGAUGCAUCUCAAAUGAAAUCUGAUGUAAUUGCAGAGAGAAUAUUUAGUAGCCAUUUGAAAUAUUAUGAAACUGUUUUACUUUUCGAACGAGCUGCCAUAAUCAAAUACGAUGAAUUAAAAAGCAACUAUAGAUGUGAUAUGUGUCUGACUGGAUAUAAUGGAUUAUACACACUAUACGUUUGCAUAUUACUUCCAAUUAUGUUAAGUUUAAUUAUUUGUUAUUAUAUAUAUAAAAGAAAAAAGUGGAUAAUAAAAAAUAAAAUUGAUGUAAAUUCUGUUAGUAUGCAAAAUAAAAGAAUACUAAUAGAACCAAGCAUUCUUCCACUAAAAUUGUAG